AUGCAGAAUGAGCAAAAGGAUGAGGUUGUUUGGGCUGUGAAUAGAUUAAAAGACUUGAUCAUUAAUGAGGACAAUCUGCCGAAGGUCUUUGUUACAGACAAAGACCAAGUUUUGAUGGAAGCAUUGGAAACUGUUUUUCCCGCAGCUCGCUGUCUUCUAUGUCAGUUUCAUGUACUUAAGAGUGUAACUGGCGAGAUGAAGAAACUUGUGAAAGACAUUGAGACACGUGAAGACAUUACUGAUAGAUGGAAUCAGUUGAUGUAUGCUGCCAACGAGGUUGAGUAUGAUAAAGCUGUGGGUGCUAUGUCGAAUACCGGUGAGCUCUGGACUUACAUUGAGACUAACUGGUUGCCUUUGAGAAGCAAGUUUGUGAAGUUUGAGAUUGAUACUUGUAUGCACAUGGGGUGCACGACAACAAACAGAGUUGAGGGGGCACACUCAAAGCUGAAGAAACUAUUGUCCGACAGUAAGGGUGACUUGGUCAUUGCGUGGACUGCGAUGAACAAGCUUAUUAUCAUGCAGCAUGACAAGAUAAAGGAGUCCUUCCAGCUCAGCAUAUUUGUCACAGAGCAUUCUUUGAAUGACCCGUUCUAUAAGCAUUUGCGCGGGUUUGUAUCUAGAGCCGCAUUGCACAUUAUUGUUAAAGAGAAGACUCAAAUUGGCAUGAUUGGGGUUGGUGGUAUAUACUGUGAAUGUGUACUUAGGAGAACCCAUGGACUACCAUGUGCUUGUGAGCUCAUGAAGUUUGAAUCUGUCCCAUUACUUGCAAUUCAUCCACAUUGGAGGAAAUUGACUUGGGAUUCUUCGGACCGUGACAUGGAUCCAACAUUGGGUUUGAGUUUUGAGUCUGAAUUUGAUAAAUUACGAACCAAGUUCGAGGAGUCUUCUCACGGAGUUAGAAUGUCGAUCAUUGAGAGCCUUAGAAUGAUUACUUAUCCAGAAACGACUUCUAUGUGCGCUCCAACAAAGAAGAAAACAAGGGGUAGGCCAAUGAGAUCCACUAACAAGCCCAAGAAGUUUGCCAAGGGAUGUGGUGAGACCUCUACAAAGCGCAUUCCUUGUAGAUGGGAGACUAUUGACAAGGAGUAUCCGGGCUCAUGGCGUGAUAGCAACACGACACCAUUACAGGAACCUUCUCCAAAGGUUAGGUCUCAAAAGGCUUCGAAGGCUUCUAAGGCUUCUAAGGCUUCUAAGGUUUCUACGGCUUCUAAGGCUUCUAAGGUACAAAGUCCUCUGAUCCGGAUGGUGUGUACAAAGAAUAAGAAGCCUGUGAGUAGUUACCUACGUCGGCGCUACCUUAAACAAAUCCCUGAUGAGUUUCAUCCAUUCGUUGUUGACUUUAUAAAUGUAAAGGGAGAUGGCCACUGUGGAUAUAGAUGUGUUGCAUCGUUGAAGGGUCUUGCAGAAGACGAUUGA